UUUGGUCCGUACUUUGAUUGGAUCCCUUGCUCUUGGCUUUUCAAUGUUCUUGCGGUGAUGAUCAAUGCGUGUACAUUUCAUAUGAUGGGAGAUGAAGCAUGCUUGGAAUGGACUGUGUGGAACAAUGACUUGUGAGAUGAUUUUCGUAUAGCUCUGCGUUUUCAUUUCGUUGAGAAGGAAAAUCCCGUGCAGGGCCGAAAAUUCUUGACCUGAGGUCCUGCGCUACUUACGAGAGCUUACCCGGGAUUGGUACUUGAAUCUUGCUUGGAGCUUCCGAACUACUGUGCCUCAUGGCUCGAGCUCAAGAUUCACCUAGUAUUGAUUCGCCACGGAGACGUUCUGGUCUAUUGAGAGAUCAGGUCCAGCUCGUCAAAAAGAAGGAUUCUGAUCGUUAUGAGAUUGUCCCGAUUCCAGAUUCUCUUUCAUUCGAGAAGGGGUUUUACGCUGUGAUUCGGGCCUGCCAGUUGUUGGCCCAGAAGAAUGAUGGGAUAAUAUUUGUUGGAGUAGCAGGCCCUUCUGGUGCAGGGAAGACUGUGUUAUCUGAGAAGAUUCUCCAUUUUAUGCCCAGCAUUGCUGUCAUAACAAUGGACAACUACAAUGAUGCGAGCCGAAUAAUUGAUGGCAAUUUUGAUGAUCCACGCUUGACAGACUAUGACACAUUACUCGAGAACCUUCGUGGACUAAGAGAGGGGAAGGCUGUUCAGGUUCCGUUAUACGAUUUCAAGACUAGCUCUCGCACAGGUUACAGGACGGUGGAAGUUCCUAGUUCUCGCAUUGUGAUCAUAGAAGGAAUCUAUGCCUUGAGCGAGAAACUGCGUGGUAUGCUGGAUCUUCGUGUUUCAGUUACUGGUGGAGUUCACUUUGAUCUCGUCAAGAGAGUUUUACGGGAUAUUCAGCGUGCUGGACAAGAGCCUGAAGAAAUAAUUCAGCAAAUAUCUGAAACAGUGUACCCAAUGUACAAGGCUUUCAUCGAACCAGACCUCCAGACAGCACAUAUCAAAAUUACCAACAAGUUCAAUCCUUUCACUGGAUUUCAGAACCCGACUUACAUCCUAAAGUCGUCAAAGGAAGUAACAGAUGAUCAGAUCAAAGCUGUUCUUCCUGACUCAUACACUGAAAUUUGGGAGGAAACUUAUGAUAUCUACCUUCUUCCACCUGGUGAAGAUCCCGAAGCCUGCCAGUCGUAUCUCAGGAUGAGGAACCGUGAUGGUAAAUACAAUCUCAUGUUCGAGGAGUGGGUGAUGGAUAGUCCCUUCAUAAUAUCACCGAGAAUAACUUUUGAAGUUAGUGUGCGUCUCCUUGGAGGGCUGAUGGCUCUGGGGUACACAAUUGCAACCAUCCUUAAAAGGAGGAGCCACAUAUUCUCCAGUGACAGGGUCUGCAUAAAAACUGAUUGGUUGGAACAAAUUAACCGCCAGUACGUUCAGGUUCAAGGACGAGAACGCAUGUAUAUCAAAUGCAUAGCAGAUCAACUGGGUCUGGACGGUUCUUAUGUUCCUCGAACGUACAUAGAGCAAAUUCAGUUGGAAAAGCUUAUAAAUGAUGUCAUGGCAUUGCCAGAUGAUUUGAAGACAAAGCUCAGCAUCGAUGACGAUGUUGCUUCAAGCCCCAAGGAGGCUCUUUCCCGAGCUUCUGCUGAUAGAAGGCUCAAAUAUCUGAACAGGAGUAAUUCACAGCCGUAUUCCAGCCAAAGGGACAAACACAUUUCCAAGUUGACCAAACUUGCAGUCAACAGUAGAAGGUUUGAUGCAAGAGCCCCAGAAUCUCCUGCGGGGAUUACAAAUCAGGGAGUCGUCACUCAACUCUCAGACCAAAUCUCCACUUUGAAUGAGAGGAUGGACGAGUUCACAGCGCACAUGGAAGAGCUUAACGCCAAGUUCAACACGAGGAGCGUCUCAGCCUCCCAGCAGAACUUGGCUCUGCAGGCUGAAGCCUGCAACGGAUCAACACCUACUACCCUCUUCGUCACGGGCUUGGGGAAUGGUCAGUUGACAGGAACCCUGAUGCCGCACUCUUCUUCCACGUCUCAGUUAGCUAAGGACUCUCCUCUGAUGGAAGAGAUAUUGUACAUUGCACGAACCCAAAGACAAAUCAUACACCAACUAGACAAUCUCAGCAAUCUUCUGCACGAGAACAGGGGCGACAGGGCACGCCAGGCGCGCACAGACAGGACACCUGCCAGGGCUGAUUCCGACUCCUAUACUGUCCCUCUAAUUUUCACUUUGGCAGUUGGUGGGCUCGGUUUUCUCUUACUCAAGAACCUGACAACUCCAAAGUGAUCUUACUGCUGUUUCGCUUGUUACAACAGGAUUAUGAAGUAGGCUACACGACUCAUCUACCUGUAGAUAUAACAGAGUUCACAGUGUAUAAGGUUUCGAUGUUAGAAUUUUACAAUCAGGUGGAGUACGCUUGGCAAAUUUGACUAUGCCAGAAAUUAGUUCUAUCAUGCACAUGGAAAUGACAUGGUGAAGUGUUUUGUUCAAAUUA